AUGAUAAGAUUUUCUGGUUCGAAUCCAGAAGGAGGUUGGGCUGUUUUGAGCAUUCGUUCAAAAAGAGGAGACCUCUCCGAGGGACGGGUCGGCAGAAUGGUUGUGUCCGGGGCCUGCAAAGCUUACGUUCUAAGGUGUUAUUACACAAAUACUACUUUAAAUAUGUUACAAGCAGCAAAAUACAUUGGAGCUGGACUAGCAACUAUUGGACUAGCAGGUGCUGGAGUUGGAAUUGGAUUAGUUUUCUCAUCACUGAUGUCAGCAACUAGCCGAAACCCUGCUCUACGACCUCAAUUAUUCCAAUACGCUAUCCUUGGAUUCGCGCUAUCAGAAGCUACAGACGGCAUUGCUAGCUCAAUGGUAGAGUACUAUACUUCGGAUAUAGCCAUAUUGGUUCGAUUCCAGUGUAAUGCUAUUAACGUCAACGAUCAUAGGGGGACCCAAGUUUUACGUACAACUCAUUGA